AUGAACAGCAAAUAUAUCUUUGACCCAGAAGGAGACACUCUGCUUCUUUUGAGAAAUUCCGAUGAUCCUUAUACCAUAUUGGGCUGUGACUACAUACCAAGGCGACGUCAACAGGUUCGGUCUCCAGAUGGACCGCAACUGGGGGUUUAUAGGGAGUCAUAUGAAGUGAACCGGGAUAACGAUCCAUCAUAUCAUGAAGACGUGGAAGAAAAAGAAAAAGAAGAAGAAAUCCUGAUGAGGGUGUCUUCAAAACAUCUUACCUUGGCAUCCCGUUACUGGAAGGCAGCUCUGAGUGAAAAAUGGCGUGGCCCACGGCAGCCUGGGCAAGUAAUGCAGCAUGAAGUCCAAAAAUAUGAUGUCAAUUCCAUGGUAACACUGAUGAAUAUCAUCCAUGGACAUGGCAAUAAGGUGACAAGGGCUAUGAGCAUCGAAAAGCUCGUCCUAUUCGCCGUCAUUAUGGACUAUUUCGAGUGUGCCGAAAUCUGUUCUCCAUACACGGAGAUUUGGACGAAACACAUCAUUCAAGGCGAGGAGAAGAAUUAUCUGUCUUUUAGUAAUAAUCUCCAGGCCCUUUGGGUUUUUCGUUUGCUCGGACACCAAUAUGGGGCCGACUUUUUUAAGCAAAACAGUAUCAGAACAAUGAGAGAGCGUCCCGUUACUCCUUUCCUACCAGGCACCAAGCACUUAAUCGCCGAGAUCGACUGUCUUAGAGUGAAAGCCACCCGUCGACUUGUGACCAGGCUCCUCAGGGCUGUACAGGAAGUCGGCUGCUGUGAAUCGUGCUUUCACGACCCAUUGGAAAGGUUCUACAAGCGUCUUUGGUCCUGGAAAAUAUAUGAUGCGAAGAGGAGAAGGGUUCUAUACAACUGUUCUAUCGACACGAUUGAACACGUCGCUUCAGACUUCAAAGUAGUACCCUGCACUAGUUGUCUUCGCCCCGAGAAACUCAAGAGAGAGAUUGCGAGGGUCCUUAAAAUGGAGCUUGUGGAGACUCGGCGCAUACCGACGCAUAUAUCCGACAAAGACUCGUGCUCCGUUGGGUGCAGAACGUUCUGCAUCAAUGAUCUCCUGAGCAGCUUGCAAACUCAGCGUAAUGGGUUUCUCGACAAGUACGGUUUUCCCUUUCUGAAGAGCUUCAAUGGUAUAAGGGGCAUGGUACUCGUCCGAUGUGAGCACCACUACGACGUCGAUGUUGGCAUCGUUGAAAAUGUCUGCGGGAUUGGUGGUUGCGUGAGGAAUGCCAAACUUGGUAGCACAGUGGUCUGCUGUUUUUCUAGAUACAUCACAGAUUUUCGUGACUUUGUAGUAGCUCGACAGAAACAUGAAGGUUGGCAGAUGUACUAUUUGAGCAACGUCGCCGCCGCCGAUAACCCCUACUUGAAGGGUUUUUUGGGCCAUGACUGGAGACUGCUGAUGCAAAACCCUUCAAUCGCUGAUAACGCUGUAUACACAACUAUCGCUAAUAUGUCAAUCGGAGUCGCACUUGUCGGUGGAGGGAUCUGGGCUAGAGAAGAGCAUGCUCCUGCUAUUGAAGCUGCCGGAAACAUCGUUUUAAAGGCCGUCUUCUCACGGACUGUCAAGUCUGCCCAGUCCAUCGCCGACGCGGUUACCACCCCUGUCGAGCUCUAUUCAGACGAAUCGGGUGAAGGAUUUAAUGGACUGUUGAAGCGCACGGAUAUCCAGGCUAUCGUUGUAUCAUUGCCAAUCGCAAACCAACCGCCUUAUAUCAAGUCUGCACUUUUGGCCGGAAAGCACGUUCUAUCCGAAAAGCCAGUGGCAGAAAAUGUCAAGGAAGCCGAGGAAUUGAUUAAAUGGUAUCGCUCAGAGAUCAAGGGACCAACCUGGACGAUCGCGGAGAAUUGGCGCUUCCUAGCUAGUUAUCGGUUUGCAGCUGAGCAGAUCAAGACACUUGGAAAAAUUACUGGUUUCCAGGGACGUCAGCAAGGAUUUAUUACGCUGAAUUGGAAGUUCAACCUGACCGAGUGGCGGAGAACUCCAACACACCAAGGCGGCUAUAUUCUUGAUGGCGGUGUGCAUCAUAUGGCAGGACUCCGACUUCUCCUUGACUCGCAUCCUGGAAAUGAGAUUGCCAAGGUGUCUGCUUUCACUAACCAGCUUCAAGAAUAUCUUCCUCCGGUUGAUACCGCUGAUGUUAUUCUCCGGACAAAGUCUGGCGUCACUGGCGUUUUCCAAAUAUCUCGAGGCACUACAUUGCGUGCAAACGACUGGACCAUUGCUUGUGAGAAGGGUUGGAUUCAGAUCCAAGAGGACAAGGUGACCAUUUCUCGUGAUGGUCAGGAAGAAGUGAAAACCAUUCCAAACGAAAGAACGGGGGUCCCCCCUGAAAUUAGGGCUUGGGGAGAAAGUCUUGCUUCUGGGAUUGUCCGACCAGAGCAAGAUCCCGAGGCUGCUUUGGCAGACCUCGAAUUGAUCGAACUCAUCCUACGCAGCGGCGAACAAGAAGGGACACCUCUACCUUGCAAGCAUCAGACGGUGGAACAGGGGAAAUAA